AUGGGACUCCACGUUGGCAGUACGUACCUCAAGACUCUGGUUCCAUCUCAGGUCCUCUCCUCCCCUCCUCCUCUUCUCCUGCUUUUUUGCACUGGCUGCAUUUGCUUUGCAUCCUCUCUGCAUCGCUCUCGCAUACUCCCUGUUGAACAAAGUCCCUGGGUUCCCCCGUUUCCCGCCCUGCCACCCCACCAUCCUUCAUUCACAUCGCACAACUCGGGGUUCCCUCUCUUCCUCAUAAUUGAUGCUCCCUCUUCCAUCUUGUCUCGUCUUUCUCUGUUCUUUGUGCAUCAUAACGUAGCCUUUGGGUGUCCCCCUCUCCACCAUCUUCCGAAGCAUCUUCCGAAGCAGAUACACAUCUGUGCCUCUGUCUUCUUGCAGAACCAUCUGCCUACAAACCUCGCCACAAACCUCUAUACGGCACAACAUCCGCGCCAUACCUCACAGAUACACGGUAGUCUUUGUUUGAGACCCUCGAUCCAGCCACUCCAGAGUAGCAUCAAGCCGCCUCACCUCGACAAACAAGCCGCCGCCGAAAUUCUCCUCUUCACCUUUCCCCUCCCAGCGCUAGCGGCUUCUGUUAGUGCCAUUGAGUCCUUGACCCCCAUACCUGGCCGCCAAGCAUACGAAGGCAUAGAAACGAUCUCGCCUCUGCUUCUAGUUGCCGAUCACACUCGUCCAAUUACGGCUCCUUUUCUACCGACGCCUUUAGCACAGCAUUCCUCACCACCUAUUUUACUGUCUGUCGCUUUCUGCCCGACUCACUUUUGCUACGUCUUUGCCGGCACGAGACCGCCGCUAGCCUCGAUUCUGAUUGCCGCUCAAGUCCAAGCGCAAGGCUUCUUUUUUACUCUUUGCUCUAGCAUCGCCUGUUGUAGGAAUCAUCGACUAUUGAGCAUCUACAGACUUUGGAGAUUGUCGCACCACCACACUCGCGCGAGAGAAGGAUCUCUAGAUACGCCAACGCUUGCUGGCGGACCAUGCUUCACCCAUAAGCGCGUCGAUCUCUUCCUCUCUUCCCACCAUUCCCUGUCGACGACUCUGCAACGCCGAUCAUCGCCCCAGAAUCCACCAAAGAAUCCCCUCAAAACCUGCUUCAUUCGCUGCUACGUUCCAUUGCUGGACAGCAUCCCCAUUCAAACCUGCCACACUUUCUACAACUAG